AUGGGCAGCCUUGUUAACUUGGAAGCUUUGGUUUUAAGAAACAAUAGUUUAAUGGGUGAAUUGCAUUCCUCUUUGAAGAACUGUAACAAUUUAAUUAUGUUGGAUGUGAGUGAGAAUAUGUUGGCCGGCCCAAUACCAUCAUGGGUUGGAGAAAACAUGCAACAAUUGAUAAUAUUGAUCAUGCGAGGGAAUCACUUCUCUGGAAAGAUUCCCCUUCAUCUAUGUUAUUUGAAGCGUAUUCAAUUAUUGGAUCUUUCCAAGAAUAAGUUAUCAGAAGAAAUUCCACCUUGCUUAAACAAUUUUACUGCAUUGUCUGAAAAGAUGAUCAACAGAGUUGAAACUGAAAGUCGGGUGUAUUGGUACAAUAGUACUUACUAUGAAAUUUAUAAUCUAAUCAGUUAUAGUUAUUAUUCAUUUCAUAUAACAUGGAUGUGGAAAGGUAUGGAACAGGACUUCAGACGUCCGGAAUUAACUGUUCUGAGCAUUGAUCUCUCGUGUAAUAAUUUAAUUGGUGAAAUUCCGAAAGAGAUUACAUACGCGCUCGGGUUAGUUUCUUUGAAUUUAUCAAGAAACAAUCUGAGUGGAGAAAUUCCUUCCGAUAUUGGAAAUUUAAGUUUACUUGAAUCCCUUGACCUGUCAAGAAAUCAAUUGUAUGGGAGAAUUCCUUCUUCUCUUUCUCAAAUGGAUUUUCUACAAAACUUGGACUUGUCACACAAUUCUCUUUCUGGAAGAAUCCCAUUGGGAAGACACAUGGAUACAUUUGAUGCCUCUUGUUUUGAAGGAAAUGCUGAUCUUUGUGGUGAUCAACUUAACAAGAGUUGUGCAGGAUAUCAGACAUUAGUAAAGCCUCAAAAAGCAGAAGUCCAUGGAGAAUAUUGUGUUUUCUAUGAAGCAUUAUACAUGAGCUUGGGGAUAGGAUUCUUCACAGGAUUUUGGGGCUUAUUAGGUCCAUUACUACUUUGGCAACCAUGGAGAAUGACUUAUCUGAGAUUCUUGAACAGACUAAUAGACUAUUUAUUUGUAGUGGUUGAAGUGAACUUUGCAAAGCGCCAAAGGUAG